GCGGCCAUGGAGAAGCAAGAAAUGCUGUUCGCGAAGCUGAAGGAACUCGGCAUUCCUACAGUGACCAAAGAACACAAGCAAUGCUUUACAGCAGAAGAUGUUGAGAGUGUUGCUGAAGAGUGCGGACUUCAGCCGGCCUCUGGACGCUGCAAGAACAUGUUCCUCAAGAGCAAGAAAGGAGAUCUGUUCUGCUUCACCACUCAAUCGGCAUCCAAGAUCGACAUGAAGCUCUUGUCCAAGAAGCUCGGAGCUCCCGAGUGCCGUUUUGCUGGCGACGAGUACUUGGCGAGUGUCCUCCAAGUUAUCAAGGGCUCGGUCACGCCCUUUGCAGCGAUCAACGACACAGAGAACAAGUGCACGUUUGCGAUCGACAAGGAUCUCAUGAAGGAGCAGACACUGUGGCUACAUCCCCUCCACAACGAUAAGAGCACCUCCAUCUCCGCCGACAACCUUGUCAAGUUCCUUGAAGCCGUUGGCCACCCUCCCAAGAUCCUUGACUUCAGCGAUGCUGAAGCCUCGUCGUCGGAUGCAGCGGCGAAGCCGAAGCAGGCGGGAGGAGCGGACAAGAAGGCUGCCAAGGGUGAGGGCCAGAAGGAUGUUCAGAAGGAGACCCUCCUGUCCAUCACUGCCAAGAAGGAGGAGGACUUUGCCAACUGGUACUCGGAGGUGAUCACAAGGAGUGACAUGAUCGACUACUACGACAUCUCCGGCUGCUACAUCCUGAAGCCCUGGUCCUUCUCCAUCUGGGAGCAGAUCCAGACCUUUCUCGACGGGGAGAUCAAGAAGCUGGGCGUGCAGGGCUGCUAUUUCCCCAUGUUCGUUUCUCAGAAGGCUCUAGAGGCCGAGAAGGAUCACAUCGAGGGGUUCUCCCCCGAGGUCGCCUGGGUCACCAAGUCAGGUCAGUCCGAGCUGGAGAAUCCUAUCGCCGUCCGCCCCACUUCUGAGACCAUCAUGUACCCUGCCUUUGCCAAGUGGAUCCGGUCGCAUCGUGACCUGCCCCUGAAGCUCAACCAGUGGUGCAACGUCGUGCGCUGGGAGUUCAAGAACCCCACCCCCUUCAUCCGCACCCGCGAGUUCCUCUGGCAGGAGGGUCACACCGCUCACUCGUCCCUCGAGUCCGCAGCGACGGAGGUGCUGGACAUCCUCGACCUCUACCGCCGCGUGUACGAGGAGCUGCUGGCUGUUCCUGUGGUGAAGGGGAAAAAGACAGAGACAGAGAAGUUUGCGGGAGGUUUCUACACCACCACCGUCGAGGCCUUCAUCCCCGCCACUGCCCGUGGUAUCCAGGGGGCCACGUCGCACAACCUCGGGCAGAACUUCGGGAAGAUGUUCAAGAUCGAGUACGAGGACGAGAAGGGCUCCAAGCAGAUCCCCUGGCAGAACUCGUGGGGCAUGACGACCCGCACAAUCGGUGUGAUGGUGAUGAUCCAUGCCGACAACCAAGGCCUCGUCCUCCCUCCCCGCGUCGCUCCCGUCCAGGUCAUCGUCAUCCCCGUCGUCUACAAGGACUCGGCGGCUGAGCUGAACAGCAAGGCGGAGGAGCUGGUGGAGUCGCUGAGAGCCGCCGGCAUCCGCGUGGACAUCGACACGCGCUCCAACUACACGGCGGGAUGGAAGUACAACCACUGGGAGCAGAAGGGAGUUCCCAUCCGCCUCGAGCUGGGCCCCAAGGACCUCGAGAAGAAGCAGGUGAGGAUGGUCCGCCGCCUUGACAACAGCAAGGAGGAUGUGCCGCUGUCUGUCAUCGUCCCCAAGCUCAAGCUCGAGCUCGAGCUGAUUCAGCACAAGAUGCUCCAGCGAGCCAAGGACGAGCACAGCACGCGCACUCGCACGGUGAUGAAGUGGGAGGAGUUCGUGCCAGCUCUCGACGCGGGAUGCAUGGCACUUACUCCGUUCUGCGACGAGGCUGAGUGGGAGGAGACGGCCAAGAAGCGAUCCAAGGAGGAGAAGCUCUCGGCGGGAGAGACGGAGGAUGAGAGGACGGCUGUCAGCGCCGCUGCCAAGACCCUCUGCAUCCCCUUCGACCAGCCUGACCUCCCUGCAGGGACCCCCUGCUUCAUCUCUGGCAAGCCAGCUAAGUGCUGGGUGCUGUGGGGCAGGACGUACUAGAGGAGAGCAAGAGAGUAGCGGUCCUUUGUCUUGCAAGCGAUGUGAGUUUGUUGUAAACAAGCAUUCAAGC